AUGAUGACUGGAAAUCUAAAUGUUGGACGACAUUAUCAUACGGCAUCGAUACUAUGUGACGGAAAAGUCUUCGUAACUGGUGGAUAUAACAGUGGUUAUCUAGAAAGUACUGAACUGUAUGGUCCAGUGACUGGUAGCUGGACAAUGAGUGCAAAUAUGAGCGCUAAACGAUACCGACAUCAAGCAUCGAUUUUAUGCGAUGACCAAGUCCUAGUGACUGGUGGGUGUUGUUAUAUCGACAGUGCUGAAUUAUAUGAUUCAUCAACAGGUAAUUGGACACGAAUUGGCAAUAUUAAUAGCAUGUGA